AUGUUCAGCUUCGGUGGCCACGUUGUCGGCGCAUUCAAGCGCCGCAUCUGCCCGCUCUUAGUGGGACUCACGUCAACAACAGCAUUAACAGGCGCCGUUCAUCAUGGCAAUUGGAGCGGCUCUCACUUUCGUGUAUUUCUUUACUUUGUUAAGCUGCUUGUUGUAGACGCUACUUGGGAUGCUUCUGACAUCUUGUUCAUAGGCAACCUACUGGCGGGGCAACAUGAUACAGAGAAACAGAGGUCGCCACCUUCGAAACCGACACCCGUCACGUUUCCUUCCCUUGACCCGCCCGAGCCCUCGACAAACGCGCCGCCAGCUUCCUGGACCCAACCGGGAGCCAAGAUCUCAGGACACUUCCUGCGACUGAAGAAGCCGUCCGAUGUCAGCGAAGACACCUUGGCCUUGCUGAACGUCACGUUUCAGCCCCAAUGUAGUCUAGAAACAUUAUUAUCAUCCUUGUCAAACAACGCAGGGACGUUCUUACCCCCAAGUUCUUGGGUGCAUUCGCCUGGAGAACAAGAGGCUGUACCAGAUCCGGGAUCUACAGCCAAACUUCUGAGCAAUGGUAGAAGAUUACCUGAUCAAAGAGAGUUUCAUAUCCGGGCAAGAGAACUUCUCUUCAAGAAUGCCGAUGCUUUCUCGACACUCACGCGGAAGAGUAGUGGAGAUCAAACACCGGUUCGAUUGGCUCAUUUUCGAAAGUUCUGGGAAGGUCUUGACAAUCUAGCUUAUUACUGGGACACAUCUUUAGACGAAUAUCUUCCACCGGCCCAAGAAGCUAGCGAUAGCAGUGGGGAAACCACAGUCUCAGGUUCCCUGCAAGAGUCCACAAAAGCCGAUGGUCGGGAAACCAAACGCGAAACAGAUUCAGACCGGGCGUUGACAGCGAGGCUCGGGUCUCGCACGCCUGAAGACAGGGAGCCUCGCAAGAAGGCCAAGGUAGAAGACGCUGAAAGCGAAACACGAUCAACCGGGGCCCAUAGCACUAAUGGCACCAUCAAAGCAUCAGUGAGUGCACCGGUGUCUUCAGCUUCUCCAAAUCGUGUACUCCCAGCUCGGGCUGCACCACCCAAGACCCCGUGGGCGGCAAACAUGGAGUCUCAGAGCAAGACAGUUGACCUCUCGAACGGCUCUUACCGAGGAUAUCGUAUUGGGAAUGGUAUCGAGAUGCCUGAUCAGUACCGCAUUGAUUGCGUGCGCAGCUUCUUGGAACCUAUUGCAUGGGCAUUUGGUGUGACACUCUCACCACACCGCCGCCCUCCUGUUCUCGCGAUCGAGCACAUUCGGUUCCCUGUUCGCAUGAGCUCUGUAGCUUGGCAGGCACCCCAGGAUAGGGCCAAGGCCAGGCAUGGAUAUAUGGAAGGUCCAGUGUUGGGUCUACAGUGCAGGGCAGAUACUGGCUUUGGUUUGACAGGCAACCUAAAGAAGCAGUCUACUCUUGAUGCCGUGCGUGAGUUAGGUGGAUUAUUGUUGUUGGCACAGGAGAGAGCUAGAGAAGGAAAGUCUGAGCGCAGAGGUGGCGAGGGUAGAUGGUGGACAACAAAAGAGCGCUGGGGCGGAGGACCUGGGGGCGAAGUUGGCGAGACAAUCGGUACCACCGAGACACUUUCGACAGCCGCAGCUCCUAAACUUGAAGAGAAGCCCGUUGAACGGAACCGUGACGGGUCCAAAGCCCGUCGCAAGCCAUCACCAGCAGAGAUCUGGAAAACGCUACGACCUGGGAACCCACUGUGGGAUCCUAAAGUGACCUACCAGGCCAUUGGUAAAGACAAAAGUGUUGAGUGGGACGAUGUUUUCAUGAUCUCGUCGUUGAAUCACCACAUCAGCGUCUUGAAACUACGCAUACAUCCGGCUUAUCUUGACUACAUCACCGAAGGUAAGCUCCCCGACCAGGCGCCAUCGGAUUCCGACUGGUGCUCGCCUAAACUGCAAAGAACGAGGUGGUUCGACCUAUUCGAUGUCGAAGAUCGCACCGAAGCCAUGAGAGGUAUCUGGGGCGUCAUGUCCUAUCUCAUGCGUGCGGACACGAAUGAUCACGAUGGUACUGCUGCAAACCAAUAA